ACAUGUUGCAUUUUUUGAGGUUCGCAGAAAAGUCCAGGACUCGUACGGUGUUGAAGAAAUAUUUAUUUCGAAGAAAGGAAAUAUAAUCUAGCCGAUCGAAUGCGAUAUAGCUCCGAUAUAGCUACUUUUCGUAGGAUGUCAUCGAAAUGGUUGAAUUACUUCGUACAAUAACGACGACAAUGACGACGAUGACGAUGACAUUAUAGUGCGAUAAAUUCGAAUUUGGACCGUUGCCGUUUCACUCUUCACUUGCGAUGCCUCCGAGCCGCCUGGACGCCGUCUAUAGGAGCAUACUGCUCACCAAAUUCUUCACAAAGGGAUGGGGCAACCCUCAAAAUUUGAAACGGAUUUUUGAAUUCAGGAAAGUCAUAGCAAACCGAGAAACAUGCUACAAUAUGAUACCACUUGAUUAUCCAAUAGAAAUUACAAAGAGUGAAGAUUGGUCAGACUGCCAUGUAAUUGAAGGACGAUUUGAAUCACCUUUUGAGAAGCAUCUUCCAGGAAUAAUGCCGGAUAAAACCAAAAUGGCCUAUUUUCAAGUAAUCUUACCAUCCAAAUGGAACUCCCAUAAGAUAAAGCCAAUUUGCUUGCAUCUUGCGGGAACUGGAGAUCAUUUUUUUUGGCGACGUAGAAAUCUUAUUGCUAGACCGUUGCUCAAAGAAGCAGGCAUAGCAUCGAUAUUGUUGGAAAAUCCAUUUUAUGGACUGAGGAAACCAGAUGAUCAAAUACGGUCUAGUUUGCACAAUGUAUGUGAUAUCUUUAUCAUGGGAGGCUGUCUGAUAAUGGAGUCAAUUGUUCUGUUAAAUUGGUGCGAACAACAGGGAUUCAGACCACUGGGUCUCACUGGAUUGUCAAUGGGUGGACAUAUGGCUUCUUUAGCUGCUACCAAUUGGCCAAAGCCAAUAUCUUUGGUACCUUGCUUGUCGUGGUCCACAGCUUCACCUGUGUUUACAGAGGGUGUGAUGAGUGCGUCGAUAAAUUGGGCACUCUUGGAGACUCAGUACUUUUCGGACAAAGUAUACCAAAAUGAUUUAGCAAAAAUGGUCAAAAUCAUCGAUCGCGACGAUGCUUUCUUAGCUGGCCAACAUUUCGCAAAGCAUUAUCCUGCAAGUAUGAAUAGAGUAGAUAAAUUAAGAAGAGAAUCUAAUGGGAGUAACAAGGAUAAUACUAUGGUUGAUGUAAACAGUACAAAUUCUGUUAAUAACAGUGACAAUAAUAUUUUUGUCAAAAGUGAAUCUAUAGAUGAGAACAAUCAAUUGCAAUAUCAAAUCGCGGAAGAAAAAGCAGCAGCCAAGAUAUUUCCCUUAAAUCUUAUUUCUAAUAGAUUCAAAUCAAAAGAUCUCAACAUACUCAAAGUGCCGAAGCAUCCGCUAUUUUCAGACAACAAAUGGCGUGAGCACGAAGCAUUGCAGUUCAUGCGCGGCAUAAUGGACGAAUGCACGCAUCUGAAAAAUUUCGAAGUGCCAGUCGAUACCGAAUUGAUCAUCACCGUUUGCGCCAGAGAUGACGCGUACGUGCCGCGAGAUCAUUGCAUGAGUCUUGAAACAAUAUGGCCAGGUGCUGAGAUACGUUAUAUUGAUGCUGGUCACGUCAGCGCUUAUCUUCUUCAUCAAAAGGUUUUUAGAUCUACUAUAGCUGAAUCUAUUCAACGAUCUUUGAAGAAAUAUCCUAUUGACAUCAGUUGACGACUUUGUGAUACUAUUACAAUGAAUGCACACGUUAAAAAACCGCACAUUACUAUAAAUUUAAUUAGAUGACCGAAUACUCUUUUCGGAUUUGUGAUAGUCUUUGGAUACUCAUUUAAGGAUCUCCGUUAAGGACAUGCACACGUACGAUCUAUUUUUAGACCGCUGCGAAUGACAAUCUGCCACAGAAAGAGAGUACAACUGUUACAGUCAAUUCUAUCAGGUACAAUAAUUGAUGUCGUUAUUGUUAGUACAUCGAAGUAGUACAGGCGCUAUCAGCCAUUAAUGUUCCUAAAUGAUAAAAUUGCAAUAUAUUUAGCAUUUAGUGAGCACGAGAUACUUUUUACGUAGAUAUAUCGUGUUUACAGAGAUUUAUAUGUUGUUUCGAUGAAUUACUUUUUUGCAAGCAGAUAUUUGUGAAUCAAGAUUAAUGACGUGCUAUUGUAUAACACUUACGUAGUUAAAGUAAAUCAUUAAAAAUAACGAUAUUUACUAUAUAAUUAUUGUUUUAUAUGUGAUGUAUAAUAGGUAGUGAUUGCAUAUUGUAUACAAUAUACACAAAUAAUUGAUGUUUUGACAUUAUGUUGUGAUAAAAUACAAUACGGACGGACAUGUACAAAUUGUAUAGAAACGAAAUAAAUUCACUUGUUUGAGCCAUUAA